AUGGCUGCACCUUCCGCAACGGACGACGACUCUCUCGUCCCGUUUGACAGCGAGCGUCGCUCGUCGAUGUCAAACCUGCUCGAGGAGGGAAAAUACUCCGAUGUUACCAUCACCUGCGGGAAUGAUACUUACGCUGUCCACAAAGCUAUCAUUUGCCCUCGAUCCCCCUUCUUCGCCACCUGCUGCGAUGGCGAAUUCAAGGAAAAGUCUGGCGUGAUCAAUCUCCCCGAUGAUGAUCCCCUUGCUGUUAAGAUGAUGAUCCGAUUCCUCUACACAGGAACCUAUCCAAAUGGAUAUGCACCGAAGAAAGCGACGGCCCAAACUUCUGCCACUCCUUCUGCACCUUCAACUCCGGCUGCAUCUCAAUACUUAGGCUUCGGAGUUGAGUCCGGAACUUUUGCCAAUCCUUCUGCAACUUCAGGCCAAGAUUUAACAGGAUUUGGAGCUCCGCGCUGGGAUUCCGUCACGCCUGCUGCACGUCCAACUCGAGUUGCAUCUACAUCUUCAGCUCAGACCCAGGAUUUCAGUCCCGGUAACCGACGUGGAUAUAACAAUUCGCGCAGCCGACGCGCAGAUCGCCGUUCCGGUAACCAGCGCGAGAAUCACACACCCACCUCUGCUUCUUCACGGGUUCGCGCAAUGGAAGCUUCAGCUCCAGCUACUCCUCCAUCUACCCGGGCAUCUACUUCUGCCCCCGGCCAAGAUUCUAGACAGCGAGUGCCAACCUUCGUCCUCCACGCCAACGUCUACGCUCUCGGAGAAAAGUAUGAGAUCCAUGAUCUCAAAGCGCUCGCUCUCCAAAAGUUCGCACUCGACGCUACAAUGUUCUACAACACCGACUCAUUUCGCCAAGGUGUAAGGGUAGCCUACAGCUCUACGAUUGAGGAGGAUCGUGGGAUGCGAGACGUUAUUGUUGACACGGUGCUAGACCGCCGCUUUAUACUUCGACAGAGUUCGUUUCAGUGCCUCGCCAAGGAAACCGGCUUGGGAUUUGAUCUUCUCAUGAAGUUCGCUCAGCAUGAAUGCAACAAUUGA